UAUAAAAACUACUCUUUCAUUUCACAUUUCUUGUUUCCUACAAACAAACCAAUAUAUCAUCUUUUCAACCCACAAGUGCAAAGUUUUCAUCACACAAAAGAAAAAAAUGGCUAAGGAAGAUCUGGGAUUCGAAAUCACGGAGCUGAGGUUGGGCCUCCCCGGAGGCGGUGGCACCCAAAAAAAGGAUAAGAAAAGGGUAUUCUCGGAGAUUUCGGAGGAGGAUGAGAAUGAGAAGAGCAAUGGAAAGAGUCAAGUCGUGGGGUGGCCGCCGGUAUGCUCGUAUCGGAAAAAGAACAGUUUCGGAGAUAAAGAUGGAUCUAAAACAUCAAAGUUUUACGUCAAAGUUAGCAUGGAUGGGGCUCCUUUCCUUCGCAAAAUCGAUCUAGCAGUGCACAAAGGCUACUCUGAUCUUGCUACUGCAUUGGAGAAGCUCUUUGGAGAGGCGUUAAGGGAUGCAGACAGCUGUGAAUUCGUUCCCAUAUAUGAAGACAAAGAUGGAGACUGGAUGUUAGCAGGAGAUGUUCCCUGGGAAAUGUUCAUGGAAUCAUGCAAAAGACUGAGGGUCAUGAAAAGGGCAGAUGUCAAGGGAUUUGGAGUGAUGCAACCAGGGGAAGCUCUCAAAGGAAGUUUGAAGGAGUGACUAGAAAAGGGCCCAUGCAAGAAUUAAUGCCCUAGUUCAAGAAUCACUUGACCCUUUGAUACUAUACUUUGUUAAAAUUAAUGGUAAUGAUGGUUAUAAGUCCCUUUUGAUUAAUUAAGGAGACAAUAUUUCUUGCUUUAUGUCACAUUAAUUAAUAAAGUACUUGAAAUGUACUUUUCUUAGGUUACUAUAUGAUGUUUUGAUGCAUAUUUUGCUAAAGUGUGUUUGGGAUGAUUACAACCCCUAAUUGAUAGGAAAUAAUAUUUGCUUCCUCAUCAUGAAUUUCAAACUGUUAUAUAUGUUAUUCGGUGUUUUAGAUCACUUUUGA